ACAGUUUGUGCAACAAAUUCUUCCUCAAACCCACAGCAAGCUUUGGGAAAGGUAUGUUUGUUUGUUUUUCUGCCAUUUAAAGCGUUUUGUAUAUUUGUUUAAGUUAUAAUGACCUGAUAUCUUUCUUUGUGUUGCCACUGCAGUUGAAUUAUGGAGUCCACAACUGCACCAUUACACCAAAUCACAGCAAAUGCUUCUGCCAGAAAUGACUCUUCAUUUCAAGAUAAAUAUUUUAAUCUAGAACAGUUCUCUCAACAUCAUGACUCUUGUUAUCUACUGCCUGGCCUUUGUUCUUGGUGUUCUCGGAAACGGAGCAGUUAUCUGGGUGACUGGAUUCAAGAUGCAGAAAACAGUCAACACAGUUUGGUUCCUCAACCUGGCUGUGGCUGACUUCCUCUAUGCAGCAUCUCUGCCCCUCAUUGUGACACGCCUGGCUCUAGAUUUCCACUGGCCUUUUGGCAAAUUCAUGUGUAAACUAGUCUUCACAUUAAAUAACCUGAACUUCUUUGCAAGUGUCUACAUUCUGGUGGUGAUCAGCGUGGACAGAUUGGUGUCAGUGGUGUGGCCUGUCUGGGCCCAGAACCAUCGUAAUGUAUACAGGGCGUCCUAUGUGAGUCUGGGUGUUUGGUUGCUGGCUCUGAUUCUCAGCUCUCCACACUUUGCCUUCAGGGACAUAAUGCUGGAUUCUGAUACAGUUGCAUGCUACUAUAACUUUGCCCUUUCUGAUGGUGAAGAAACAGGCAGGCUUCGUCAUCAGGCUGUGAUCAUCACCCCCUUCCUUCUAGGAUUUGUUGUCCCCUUCGCUGUCAUUGUCUCCUGUUAUGCUGUGAUAAUCCAUCAUCUCAGGAGAAACCGCACUCUGGCCGGAAAAUCAAGUCGUACAUUUAAGAUCAUUGCUGCAGUUAUCAUUGCAUUUUUCUUCUGCUGGGCCCCCUUUCAAAUCACCACUCUGUGUGAGAUGAUUCAUUUUACAAUAAAUUAUAGCAGUGAAAUAUUGGGCUAUGUCGCCCGUAUUGGAAUCCCCAUAGCUUCCAGUCUGUCUUGUCUUAACAGCUGCCUCAACCCACUGCUGUAUGUGUUUGUUGGGCAAGAUUUCAGGGAUAAAGUCUGCAAAUCUAUCCUGAAAAUGUUGGAGACUGCCUUCCAGGAUGAGGACUAUGGCUCUCACACCGACACAAACACUGUAAGCGCCAGCCAGGCAAAUGAAAGGUCAAUUCUGAAUACUGAGCUAUGAGCCUUACCCUAAGAUGAGCAAACAAACAUCAAAACUUAUAUUGUAAGUAAUUUACAGGAACGUCUGAACUUAUCUUCAGAUUUGUUGUUCAUAAUUUGUACCUUUGUACAAAUUCUUCAAGUCACUCUGUUAACAUUUCUCAAAGAGAAUUAGUGGUACUUUAGUAAAAAAGUUUGAUUAACUUUAUUAAAUUGAUGCGGUCAGUCCUGUAAUUUUGUUGUUCUGGCCUGUAUUGGAAUUUCUAUUAUGUAAGCUUUCUUGAAACAGAUAUGUUGUUGUAAACUUAACACCUCGAUGUUUUCAUUUCUCUGUUAAUCAACAACCUGCGGUGAUUGUUACUUCACACAUUUUAUUUUGUUGGAUUCUAUUUUCCUGUGUGGGCUGUUUGCUGUCACCUUCACCUUCUUUCAGAGCUUGCCCCCCACCCCCACCUCCCACAGCGCUGAGGUUGAUUGCUCUUACCUGCUGCUGCUCUGCAAUCUUGAAGACUGCUGCAGACACAAGCCUCAGCGCCAGAGUAUUGUCACUCCACACAGUGGUACUGCAGCCCUCUUCAGAGCUCUCUAGUGAUUCCUUUGUAAGAUUGCAGAUUUUCUGCGCUCUUGGAUUAGUCAUUGACCCUUGUUGUCUCUCCUUUUUUCCAGUGCCUCACUCCUUGCCUCAUGCCAGCCCACAAACCCAGCACACUCUCCAAGAGAAAAUCCUCACACUCCUUUGGAUCGUCUCACAGCCCUCGGACCCUGUAUCAUCCCCUUCCUUGCACAAUUCCUCAAAAUAAAACCUGUUAAAAAGCUU